AUGUCGAAAGUUGGUGACGUCAAAGUGGACCCCACUGGUCUUUACAAUGGUGAUACCAAUGGUAAGGCGAAUGACCAUCUUUUGAAUGCAGAGGCUAGUGCUGCGUCUCAGAUCAAUGACAUUAUAGUCUCAGAGACCCCAAAAGACAAACCAAAUACAAAAGUGAGCGAUCCAAUUAUCCACAAUGAAGGCGAAUCCUCAAAAGAUGCUGAUGCAGCUGAUAUAAUACACCAAGAUCUGGCGACGGACCUAGUUGACGGACUGAAUAUAGAUGACGAUGAUUCCGAGGUUUCAGAAAAACCUGAGGUGCUAGAAAAAGCCGUGGAAGCGAAGCAAAGCGCCGCUGAACGGCAGUCGGAGCCUGCAAGUGAGAAAAUUGAAGUAUCUGUCGAAGAUAGUGUUGAUCGGCCAAUUACAAAGCCCAUAGAGGAGCCAGAAGAGGGACUAUCAAUGGAGCCUGCUUUUGAAGUAAAUGCUGCAUCUGUCGCUGAACCUGUCGCUGAACCUGUCGCUGAACCAGUUGAAGCAUCUGUAGCUGAACCAGUUGAAGCACCUGUCGCUGAACCAGUUGCAGAGCCAGUUGCAGAGCCAGUUGCAGAGCCAGUUGCAGAGCCAGUUGCAGAGCCAGUUGCAGAACCAGUGGAAGAGCCAGUGGAAGAGCCAGUGGAAGAGCCAGUGGAAGAGCCAGUGGAAGAGCCAGUGGAAGAACCAGUGGAAGAACCAGUGGAAGAGCCAGUGACAGAGCCAGUGGAAGAGCCAGUGACAGAGCCAGUUGCAGAGCCCACUGAAGAGCCCUCUGAAGAACCGGUCGUGUCACAGGUUGCUGAACCCAUUUUGGAACCAACUCUGGGACCGACUUUGGAAUCCACUCCAGGUUCUCUGACCCAUACCAGGUUAUCUACGGAAGAGUUUUCCAGCCCUGUUGGGAAACCUAUGGAGGCUGAGAGCGAAGUUCUCAAGAAACAUACUCAUAUUUCAAAUCUUCAAACUGAACAGGGCCAGCUGGAGCCAGACUCCCGUUUGGAAGGGCAUCUGCACGACAACUUCACUCAGAAUGAAGAUGUCGCGAUGGAAUUUGAAUCGGAUAUUGUUGCACACAAGAAUACGAAGACGCACGCUCUUGACGUAAACGAGGAUUUUGAAAAGGAAAAAAUUGUUGAAGAGGAGCAUCCCAAUGAACAAUUCAUGCCAUGGGAUGUGGAAACUGCGAGGGAAGAGAUUAUGCCAUGGGAGGCAGAAGUUCCUGCUGUUCCAGCCCCUUCAGAAAAGGUUGACGUUUUUGAAAAUGAUUCAGCACAUGUAAAAGAUGCGCCUCUAGUCGAUGAAGCUCAUGCCGCAGAGGGUCUUGAGUUUAUCAGCAUUGGUGAGGAGACCAUGCCCUGGGAAACCGAAAAUAAGAUAUCAGACGAAAAUGAGAACGAUGUCGGCGCUACUGCAGAUACCGCUCAAUUAGACUUCAUAGCUUCUGAAUCUGCUGAGACCAUGCCUUGGGAAAUUAAUGAAACGAAUGCAAGCACCAUAGCGUCAUAUGAGGCAGAGCGGUCUACAUCUGAGGAUGGCAAUGAUGUCAAGUCUGAUACUAACGAGGCUAGUAUUCAGCCCACCGAGAACAGUAUUAAAGUGCCUACUGAGGCUGAAGAUAUCAACGAAGACAAGUUUGAUUUCCUGGAAGAAGAUGACGACAUUCUCUGGGAUGAUGUCAUGGAUGAUGAUCUGUUGGAAGAUGAGGAUGUUGUUAAUGAGCUUCCUCCUGUACCUAACCAGGCACCCCAGAACUUGAAGUAUCGCCCAUCGACCUCCAACUUGUAUGUUCCACCAGCAUCUACCCAAUCACCAAUUAUUUCAUCUCACUCACCUGUUCCCCAAUCUAGUGCCAUUUUUGAAGCAACCAAGAAGAAGUCUGAUGCAUACGACUUUCCUGCUGAUAUUUUGCCCCAGAAAAGCAGAGCCUCUGUGGGGCAUUUGCAUUCUGCUGCGAAUCCAUAUCGUCCACCUUCAGUGACUGGGUCUAUUGAUAAAACAAUAAUGGGACCACCAAGAGCUCAGAAUGCAACUUCGGCUGCUGCACCAGCUCCUAAAAUUUUGAGAAAGAAGCAGAGCUUUUUUGAAGAGCUACCUAUUGCACCUUCAAUUUCCAAGGCUCCCAAAGUUGCUCGGCCGAUCCAAGAUCCAUAUGCGGUUAUUGAAACACACAAACUCCAUCAGGCCGUUCCUCCAUCGGCUGAGGUAUACCGAAGCAGAUCUUCGACCAUGAAAAACCCAUACGCUCCUCCUCCUGCAUUUGAAAAGAAUAUGAACCAACAACAAGGCCAGCAUGUGAGGCCACCAUCCACAGAUGCUGCUUCAACGAAUCAAGAUUUUGUUAUUCCUGAGAUACAUGCCCCUCCAAAUCCAUAUGCUCCAGCUUUGCCCAACUCAAGCAAGUAUGCUCCACAGAAUGUUCAGUUCUCACCCCCUCCAGUUACUUCUCCAGUUAUGCAAUCUGGUAUUAUCCCCCCUGUUGUUGGUGCACAUCACCAAACUCUACCCGUGAAUCCUCCAAUUGCUAAGGAAAGUGUUUAUGGCAACCAGUACAAUCCAUCCAAUAAGUACUCUCCAUAUACAGCUAAUGCUCAAUCCAGCAUUUAUGGAUUGACAUCUCCAACAUUAUCCAGCUUUAGCAAUGGUCAUCAGCCCAAGAAGUCGGUGGAUGUGUCUGAUCUUAUGCCCAAGGCUGCUAUAUCUGCCAAACCUGUUAGCAAGAAGAAACUGCUCCCCCCUCCAAAGAGAGCAUCUGGUAAUCGCAAUGGCUCCGGUGCUGGUGCUUACAGUGACUCUGCAAGCUUCCCAACGGGACAACAGUACUUGGGACAAAGGCAAUUUCCAAUUUUCAACUUCUCCGCAAGCUCAAGAAUUUCAGUUAUGACACCAACAAUUGAUCCAUAUGGCAAUGUUUCUAAUUUAAUUGCCGUUAAGGAACUAUCUUCUGUUGUUACUGUGGAUCCUUUCUUGCGAAGUUUCCCUGGCCCAUUGAUCAAAAAUCGCACAAAGAAGAAGGAUCUCGAGAAAUGGAUAAUUGAUAAGGUAGCUUCCUUACAGAACCUUUCUACGCCCGAUUCCACGGCUAAAUUGUUACUGUGGGGUGUUGCUCGUACUAUCGUCUCAACUAUAUCUAAGCCUGGUGACUUUUCGAGCAAGGAUUUCUUACAAAAUGUUGUUGCUGUUAUCAAUCCAACUAUACAGACUAGGCAGGAUGAUACAAGCAUCAACCUUAGUGAGAUUGCACACGUUUUGAGUUUGGCGAAUAACAGACCCUUUAAUGCUCAUAAAGCCACUCAUCAGAACCUGGCUGGGAUCCACCAAUUGCUUCAAGAUGGUGAGAAGCAGAGAGCUUUGAUGCAGGCUCUUUCAGAACAUGAUUGGGCGAUGUCGCUUCUGAUUGCCAAUGUGAUUGGACCUGCGAUGUUUUCUGAGGUUGUAAAACUCUACACGGAAGCAAACUUCUCCAAGCAAAACCCACUGGAACAAGGACUUGCUUUCUUCUUGAGAUCUACUGAGCUAUCCGUGGAAUCUUUGCUGUCCGAGGAUCGAGAGUGGCUGGCUGAAAACUUCUCUUCUGUUAUUCCGUUUGUCAUUCUGAGUAACCCAUCUCCAUCGUCAUUACUCUUUCAGUUUGGUGAGCUGUUCGCCAAACAGGGCUCGCCAGAGCUUUCGAUAUUGUGUUACAUUUUGUCUGGAAUUCCAUUCAUUCCUCCAGAAGAACUUCUUGAUAAGACGAAUCUUGAUAUUAUCAUGGUUCAGGAGAUCUACGAAUACGUCUUGCUUUCUACACAAACUCUACCACCCAACCUGGCAAACGGAUUUCCUCAUCUUGUCCAAUCAAAAUUGAUCCAUGCAGAUUAUCUGGCAGACAUUGGUCUCAUUGCAGAAAGCAAGCGCUAUUGCGACCAUAUUGGCACUUUGGCAAGGUCGAAAACGGUUGCGAUCUCUGCAAAAUCGACUCAUGCAUUGAGCAGAUUGAUUCCAAGAUUAUCGCAGUCUGCAGCUUCAGAAGGCGGUUGGCUUGGUAACAAGAUCACACGUCCAAAUCUGGACCGUGUAUGGGGCCAGAUAGACAAGAGUUUCAGUAUGUUUGUUGCUGGAGAGGACUUGAAUAGUACGAACAGUACCAACAAUGCUACAGAAGGUGUUUUUAGCAAGUUUAGUCCUGCAGUUUCUCGAAACCCGUCUACCAUUGAUCUGCAUGCUCAAGGACAUGCGGCCCCUAAUGUGAUCUAUUCGGCACCUCAACAGGGUCGCCAACUUGAAAGCGUAAAGAGCUUUCCCCCAUAUUCGGCCCCCACUACUUCUUCGGAUCACACCUCUAUUGCUUCUAGUCAGGGUACUGUUUAUGGGAUACCUAAUGUGGUAAGUCAGCAGACAGCAUCAGCAUACAACCCAGUUUCCCACAGACCGCCUCUGAUCAACAGCAUGUCUGCUUCCGAAAGAUAUGCACCCGCAUCUGUACCGGCUUCUGUCCAGGCGUCUACAGCUGCCAGUCCAGAAGAUCCAAAAUUGGUUUUGUCUACUCCUGCAAGCUCCGUCAAUCUCUAUCAACAAAAUGCACUAUAUGGAUCUUACGAUUACUCAAGUUUGACUUCUGGCCCAAACCCCAAACAGUCGAAAUAUGCUCCAUACUCUGGCACAACUGCAAGACCAGCUAAACAGGUGGAACAGAGUUUUGCCGCGAAGUUAGAUAGAAGUCAUGUCAAUUUUGGACCAUCCUCAAUUGCCUCUGUUGUCAUGGAGGCAGAACAGCAAAUGAAACAUCCAGCUCCCAACAAGAUUCAUCAUCCACCUGUUCCUACAUCUCCAACAGUGAAGAGCGAUGGCCCUGAUGUUUCUAUCGUGCCCGAGGUUUCUGAGAUUUCUCAACCUGCUGUCAAUCCUGGUGAAGUCAAGGCUGACCAAAAUUCCCAAGUUGAUGCCUUAGCAGAAUCGCUAGAGAAAAAUUUGAAUUUAUCCCAACAGCCUUUAGCAACCUCGAGUCCCGUUCCACCUGUCAGCAAGCCGAGAAAGCCAUCUGCUUACAACCCGUAUGCUCCGAAGACAACUUCAUACCAGCCUCAGGGAGCAAAGGCCAACCCGUAUGCACCCGUUGCUGCAAAGAAUUACACGCCUGAAAAUACAGAGGAGAAGGACACGAAAGUGCCAGCUGAGACGUAUGACGACAACUAUGACUUUUACAGUUAUGGAGGCUACCAUGUUCCUGAGGCAACUCCUCAGCCAGAAGAAGAACCAGAGGAAGAAGAAAUAAACGCACGCCUGGAUAACAAUCCCGUUGUUGAUUUCAGAAGCACCGAGAAUAACAACUUUGGACCUGCAGAAAGUGAUUACUCGCCUGUUGACCCAGAUAUUGAUCUCGACAAGAUAGAAAGCACCCACGCCUUCAAUCCUAUGCAAUCUUCAGGCUUGAAUAACUUUGGGCCAACAGCAUACACACCGCCAGCUUUUGAGCCACAAUCGCACAGUUCUAAUAAUUUCGAUGAUAUUCCAGAAGAACAAGAUCAGUUUGCUGAUGAUGUUGUCGAGGACGAAGAUGACGAGGAUGAAUCAAACAAUAAGGACAAUGGAACCAAAGAUGCCGCGAAUACCAAGAGGGGCUGGUUUACCUGGUUGGGCAAGAAGAACGACGAACCAAAAGCUAUCAAGGCCAAGUUGGGAGAGGAAAGUGCUUUCGUCUAUGACGAAACUCUUGGAAGGUGGAUUAACAAGAACGCCCCAGCAGAAGAACAAGCUGCAUCUGGCCCUCCACCUCCACCAGCAAUCAAACGUAAGCCUUCAGUGAUGCCCGAGGUGAGCAGUCAGAAGCCAAGUGCAUCUCCAAGUGCGAGAGCCUCGCCUGCUACUCCAGCAGUUUCCACUCCUCCUCCGAAUUUGUCUACUCCUUCAGGCCGUCCUCCGAUCAAGAAGACGGAUAGCAACAUUGAUGAUCUGUUGAGCAUGGCCACCACAGCUGGUACAAAGAAAGGCAAACGUGGUCCUCGUCGUGGCUAUGUUGAUGUGAUGAACAAGUGA